ACCCAAGUCACAUCCUCUGCUGAAACCCUACAGCAUGCUGAAAACCGUAGAACAAUGUGCAGAUUAAAACCUGAGAUGCAAGGUCAGAUUGCUUCAUUGUGGAACACCCCUUGCCUAAAUCUGCCUUCCUGCCCGGGUCACAUGACCACGGUGAGUCCAGUUUCAGCCCUGCAGGGUAGCAGUGAAGCACAGUGUGAACUGUGUUAAACAGGAUAAUUUACUGGAAUCAGGUAAAUUCCCAAACGGAGCUGAAUCCUGAGGCUUCAGGAGAGUAAACAGACACCGCUAAUCAUAAAAGCUAGUUUCACCUACUGAUACGGAGCCCCAGGCUGGGCAGAGGAAGCCCCUGAUUGGACAGAACUUGCUCUUUUAAUAGAAAACUACGAUAUUAAGCCAGAUAUUAAAGUUUGCAGACUUUGGUAAAGAGGCCCAUAUAUAUAUUUAUAAAUAUCGAGGCCUGGACUCCGCUAGAUCCCUGAAGGUGUGUGUGGUUUCUGGCACUAAGACGUCAGCAGCAGAUCCUUUAAGUCCUGUAAGUUGGGAGGUGGGGCCUCCACGGAUCGGACUUGUUUGUCCAGCACGUCCCACAGAUGCUCGAUCGGAUUGAGAUCUGGGGAAUCUGGAGGCCAAGUCAACACCUUGAACUCUUUGUCAUGUUCCUCAAACCUCCUGAACAGUUUCUGCAUUGUGGCAGGGAGCAUCAUCCUGCUGAAAGAGUUCACUGCCAUUAGGGAACACGGUUACCAUGAAGGGGUGUAACUCGGUCUGCAGCAAUGUUUAGGUAGGAGGUACGUGUCAAAGUAACAUCCACAUGAAGGCCAGGACCCGAGGUUUCCCAGCAGAACAUUGCCCAGACCAUCACACUGCCUCUGCCAACUUGCCUUCUUCCCAUAGUGCAUCCUGGUGCCAUCUCUUCCCCAGGUAAGCGACACACACACACCCGGCCAUCCACAUGAUGUGAAAGAAAACGUGAUUCAUCAGACCAGGCCACCUUCUUCCAUUGCUCCAUGGUCCAGUUCUGAUGUUCACGUGUCCAUUGUAGGAGCUUUGGGUGGUGGACAGGAUCAGCAUGGGCUCUCUGACCGCUCUGCAGCUACGCAGCUCCAUACGCAGCAAGCGGCACUGCACUGUGUGUUCUGACUCCUUUCUAUCAGAGCAGCUUUAACUUUUUCAGCAGUUUGUGCUACAGAAGCUCUUCUGUGGGAUCGAACCAGACGGACCUUCACUCCUCACACGCAUCAGUGAGCCUUGGGAGCCCAUGACCCUCUCACUGUUUCACUGGUUGUCCUUCUUUGGACCACUUUUGGUAGGUACUAACCACUGCACACCAUUUUGGAGAUGCUCUGACCCAGUCUUUUAGCCAUCACAAUUUGACCCUUACGCUUGCCCAUUUUUCCUGCUUCCAACACAUCAUCUUCAAGAACUGACUGUUCACUUGCUGCCUAAUAUAUCCCUCACUUUUACAGGUGCCGCUGUAACGAGAUAAUCAACGUUAUUCACCUCAACUGUCAAUGGUUUUAAUGUUAUGGCUGAUCGGUGUGUAUAUAUAUAUAUAUAUAUAUAUAUAUAUAUGUGUGUGUGUGUGUGUGUGUGUGUGUGUGUGUUUAAAAAUAAUUAUUAUUUUAGUUAUUUUUAUUCAUGUACUCAUUUAUUAAUUCCUUGAAGUAUUUAUUUUGAGAAAUAUUUUUCUGUGUUUAUUUAUUGAUUAAUAAUAGGUCUGAGAGUGAUAUGUUAGUAUAGUUUAGGUGACAGAUGUCACCUGUAAUGUAAACAAUAAAAGGAGAACAAAAGGCAGUAGGUGUGGUGUAGGAUGUGUGGCAGGGGACAGGGUGGAGGGUGUGGUUCCACAUUCCUGGGCGAGAUAAUUAUCUCUGAGAUUAUAUCAGGGUGUGGAGCAGCCGUGUCGCUCAGACAGCCAUGAUGGUGAUGUUUAUUUUGGCUUCCUGGGUAAACACUCGGAAAAAGGAAUCAGAGGUCGCCAGUCAAGUUCUUAGUAAACGUUCUUGCAGUGUUCUUUGGUCUUUGAGGAUCUGCAGGACUCACCACUCUGAUAUGGUGUUGCCUCAGCAGAGGUAUGAGACGUAUGAGGAGAUUGAGAGCGUGGCAAAAGAGUCGUAUCUUCAUACAAAGGACUGAGGUGCUCAGCAAAAGAAUUUUCCACUUCAGUAAUUAAAGCUUAAUUAAAGCUUAAAAAUGUGUCGUCAUCACUGGGUGUGUUUGUGUUUGACUGUUUGCUCUCAGGGUUAUCCCUCUGAAGACUCGUAUGUGCACUCUCAGGAAAAAAAAGCUACUAAACAGUUCUUUUUCUUGUCACUAAGGGGUUCCUUUCAUGUGUAUCUUUUAUCCAGAAAGGUGCAUUGUGUAUGUUUUAAUUAACUUUUAGAGUGAAGUGGCCUUUAAGGUCCAAUUAGGGUCCUUAAAUUAUUUUUAAAGGUUUCAGUGUAAAAGAUACACACUAAAGCUACAAAAGCUGUAUCCAUGACAGUAAAAAGGAAAAAAUAAAGGAAAAAGUAAAAGAGUGGAACCUUACAGCAGAGUGUUCCUCUAUCAGAAGAGGUUCCAAGUAGAACCUCCUUUCAGGAGAUUAAGAACGAUUAAUUAUUUAAUGAAGAAUUGAAGAAUCUCAUAAACUACACUCUUAACCGUUCUUUAGUUGUCUCCUCUAAAGGGGAAAUCUUAAAGGUUCUUUGUAGAACAUUACAAGAAGUGUUCCUCUCUCAGAAAUCAUCCCAAGUAGAACCCUUUAAGAUGCUAAGAACACUUAAUUACUCAAUGAAGAAGUGAAGGAUCUCCUACACUACACCCCAAACACUGCAAAAAAAAACAUAGCAAGUUAAAAUUAUUAAGCUUAUUUCUAGAUACAAAUUUCAAGCUUAACUUUGUUUUAUUCUGCUGGCAGAUCAUUUCUUAUUUCAAGCAUUUAUUUCUAGAAAUAAACAAAAUGCCAGUAGAACAAAACAAUUUUACAUUUCAGAUAGAACCCUACAACAAAGUGUUCCUCUGUCAGAAGGGAUUCCACGUAGAACCCUUUUAGGAGACUAAGAGCACUUGAAGACAUGCAGAAUCUCCAACACUACAUCCAUAAGGGUUCUUCGCUUGUUCCUCUGGAGGAACUCUUAAAAGAUGUUGAGCUCAAUAUUAGGAAAAGUUCUGUGCGUCACUGUCAGAUGAAAGCGAACGUAGAUGCGGCUCCGCUCCAGAUCUCCUCCUUAACGAGGUUAACGAGGGCAAUGGAGUUAAUUCUACACGCUGACAUUAAUGUUGCGUUGACAUUAAUGAGUUGUUGGGUUGUCACGGUGAUGCCGAAAGAACCAGACACAAAACUUUCACACGUGAUUAUGUGAGUGCUGUGUGAAAGUGCAGUGCAGCGUUAUGCCUUGAAACUGCACGUGAUAACUUCACGUAAACUAUUUGCAAUUAUGUGUGAAAGAGAAUUAUUCACGUGAGAAAAUCACGUCUGCAAAAUAAAAGCACGUCAAAACUGUGAAAUAUAACCUGUGUGAUGUCUAAAAACUGUGUGAGUUUUACAUGUGAACUGUGUAAUAAAGUUAGAAGUUUUCUGCAAGGGAGCAAGUGCAAGAGACUUUAUUAGUAAAUGUGUGUGUGUGUGUGUGUGUGUUUAAUUUGUCAUGAAUUUUUAAUUUGUUACAGGCCUAUGGUUUAAUUUCAAUGGUUUAAUUAAUUAAUUAGUGUAUAUAAAUUACCAGUCUUGCUCUUUCUGUUCUGUGUCAAACACACACACACACACACACACACACUCAGAUGUGCAAUAGGGAGUGAACUGCUAAAGAAUUAAGAAUGAAGUUGAGGUCGUUAAACUGUAAUUAACAUUCAUUUGUAAUUAGUCACGCCCACCCAAUUACAAUACCUGAAAUACAGACUACAGAUAAAAGCUUGCUAUCAGCCAGUCUGACUUCUCAGUCUCUCUCUCUCUCUCACUCACACACACACACACACACACACACACACUCAAAUCUUACUACCACAAAAUGGACCGGCUACUUCCACUCUACACACACUUUUCAGGUGUGUUUAAGCACUUCGAAAAUAUUCGGUGUCCUCAGGUGAACAUGGAGAAAGUCAGCUGGAUUUACAGAACCCGGGGGAGGAGACGGGCUCUGGAGACCACGGCUCUGCUCAUCAUGAACUCUCUGUGUUUGCUCGUGAUCCUGAAAAUCAUCGUGCAUGAAAACUGCGACAAAAUCACAUCACAGAAGAUGGUUCGUGAGGCCCAGCCUCUGGAGACGACGACUCCUACAUGCGAACAAAACAUGUCUGCCGCUAACAUCGAGGGAUUUUUUACCUUGCCCACUUACAUCCAAGACUUUCUGUAUUACAGGCACUGCCGGUAUUUUCCGAUGCUGCUCACCGCUCCUAACAAGUGCAGCAUUCCAAAGGGGUCACGAGAACCCUUUUUUCUGCUGGCCAUCAAAAGUUCACCGAAGAACUACGAACGGCGGGCGGUCUUGCGCAAAACGUGGGCGGCGGAGAGACUACAGAACGGGGUGUGGAUCCGCACCGUGUUCCUGACCGGCACCACCGGCACAGGCUUCGAGAAGCGGAGGUUAAACAAACUCCUGGAGCUGGAGAACAACAGGCACCAGGACAUCGUGCAGUGGGACUUCACUGAUUCCUUCUACAACCUCACGCUCAAGCAGAUCCUGUUCCUGGACUGGAUGCAGAACUCGUGUCCCACCGCAGAUUUCCUCUUCAAUGGAGACGACGACGUUUUCGCCAACACGGACAACAUGGUGGAGUUCCUCAAAGGGCUGGGCGAUAAGGACGGAAGCAAACAUCUGUUCAUUGGACAGCUGCUCCUGGACAGCAUACCCAUCCGCGACAACACCAGUAAAUAUUUCAUCCCAGAACAGAUCGAGAAAGCCGACCUGUACGCUCCGUACUGCAGCGGAGGCGGCUACAUGUACUCCCGUUUCACUGCCAGGACCAUUCUCCAAAUGUCGCAGUCCAUCACCCUGAUGCCCAUCGACGACGUUUACAUGGGCAUGUGUCUGAAACGAGCCAAACUCCAACCCACGGACCACCAGGGAGUCUGGGCCGAUGGCCUCAUAAUUCCUUCCGACAAACUGGACACUUACGAUCCCUGCCAUUACCGUGAGAUUAUCCUUGGCCACAAAUUCCUCCCUGAUCAGAUUUACCUUCUGUGGAAUGAAAUCCAUCGCAAAGAUUUGGAUUGCGCAAAGAAAGAGGUUAAUCUGUAACGCUUAACUGCACACAAAAGACUGAACUUUCAGCUGGUUUAUUUAUUGUACAGACAUUUUGAGAGACUUUAUUCUGAGCAACGCUGGUUGUUCAGGUAACUUCAUAACUGAAAUAAUAUGAAGAGCUGGAAUCUUUAUGCAAUAAUAAGCAUGAAGAAUGUCACAUGUCCUGCUUUCCUUUUGUUUCCACUCUGCUGUUGGGUAACUGCAUCCUCCAUGUGUGUAUAAUUUUGGAUUAUUAUACUUAACUGAAGAAUUAAAGGUUAUGUAGAAUAUUUACCUUCCUCCAACUGUGGAGAAAAGUUUUGUGAAGGAGUGAUCUGCAUUAUUAAUCUAAUCCGAUCUCCAUAUGUGUUAUAAUAAUAAAUAAAUACUUAUUUAUUUGCCUGAAAGAAA